UUCGAAAUAUAAUAAAACAAUAGUAAUUCAAAUAUAUUUUAAGGCGUGUCUGCAGUAAUACUUUUGUGUGUUUGCAUUAUAUAUAUGUGUCAACGUAUCAAACAUGAAUGAAUAUAUUCGAGUAACUGAAGAUAUUGAUGAUGAUAUAAUUGAAAUUCCAAUUGAAUCAGAUGGUGUAGUUUUAUUAUCCACCUUAUCUGCUCAAUACCCUGGUAUAACCGGUUUAAAAUAUAAAAAUGAAAAUACAGGUUCUUGGAGGGGAAUAAGAUUAGAAGAAGCUAGAUUAUGGCCGCCUGAACCAAAUAAUUGGGGAGAUAGACUUUAUUUUGGUGUAUUUCCUAAAGAAUAUAAGAAGAGGCACGAUUCAGGAGGAUGGUUUAAUGUAGCGGAGCAAUUAAAAGCCCCCUCUAUACAUGAAGACUCAAAGAAAUGUUGUGAUUUAAUUAUACUUGGAUUGCCAUGGUCUGCAGAUGAAAAUAGAUUAAAAGAUUUUUUUUCAAAAUAUGGAGAAUUAGUAUUUGCUCAAAUAAAACGAGAUGGAACUGGUAAAUCCAAAGGUUUUGGAUUUAUUAGAUUUGCUGAAUAUGAUGCUCAAAUAAAUUGUUUAGGACAGAAGCAUAAUAUUGAUGGAAGAAUAUGUGAAGUUAGAAUUCCACAUUCCAAAUCAUCAACUCUACCAUUUGGUAACUCCAAAAUACACGUUGGGCGUGUUACAGAUGACAUAACCUCAGAUGAUAUACUUUCCUACUUUUCUAAGUAUGGCAAAGUGCUUGAGGUUUUUGUGCCAAAACCCUGUAGAGGAUUUGCUUUUGUGACAUUUGCAGAUUCUGAUGUUGCUCAGAGACUUAUUGGUGAGGACUUGAUUAUCAAAAAUACAAGUGUGCGUAUCAGUUCCGCCAAUGCUCAACCUUGGGAGAAUAUGGGGGGCAAUAAUCCAUUCUAUCCUAGUCCUAACAUGGGUCUUUCCAAUAACAGUAAUAUGACAGGUGUACCCUCACCACAUGGGUCUCCCUACCUCUACCCUGGACAAGGGAGUUCAGGCGGUCACCACCCUUCUCAGCCCCACCUUUACUCCCAACCAAGGCACUUGCAUUCUCAUCCCCAUUCUAACAACGUUGCUACUCCUACCAUUGCUAAUCAUCAACAACACCAUAUGACGACACCUCACAAGCAACAGCCGCCAAUCGGGCCAAGCCCAGGGUCAAAUCUACAGCAUCAAGCUCAUCCCCACGGAAAUAAUGGGACCAACCUGGCAACCAAUGCCUACCUCCAACAAGCCUUGCUGCUUCAACACCAACAAGCCCUGCUCUUACAACAACACCACCACCAGCAACAACACCAACAGCAACAAAGUAGUAGCUCAUCUUAUACUUUAAGUAGCCAUCGUAACGAUGAUAAUAACUCUUCAUACCCCACUAACCUUAAAGCUGAAAUUGGUGUGAAUGCAGGCCUACGUGAUAAUACUGCUGAUCUAUCCAGAGUAGCGGGGCGAAUCAGGCCCACUCCAUUGGACUCAGCGAUGUCCAACAUCAAUCAAUCGGGGGGUCGGGCUACUUUACUCCAUCCCACUAGCAACACACCACGCAACAAUUCCUUCUCAUUUCCUCCUUCAUCCUUAACCUACUCCUCUAACACUCUCACACCUAUUACUUAUCCUUUCGUUACCUUCUCAAAUAAUUUCCUUCCAAAUUCCCUACUCACAACUGGAACCGAUUCUACAUUUAAUCCCGCCCUCUUUCAACAGCUCAACUACGAUUUUUACAAUAACGGUGGUGGUAAUAAUAGUAUUCUAGAUUUUAGUGGUAAUCCUUACAACAACAAUUCUUUUGGAAUGACUUCUCAUGACGCUUCCUCCUAUUUUAAUAAUCCCGCUUUCCUUGCAGACCCAUCUUUUCAGAAUACUGCAUCCAACUUCAAUUUUAAUCAGAUGAAUUACAAUUACAAUCAUGAUGGCAACAAAUAUCCUAAUUUCAUGAGCUCACACUUUAUGUUUCAGCAACCAUCUGUCGAUAUCUUAUCUUCCCACCAAACUCAUCCAUCCUUCACCAAGUUAGAUCGAAGGGAUCCUUGUUCUGCUGACACCUCAGCAUCCGACAAUGUUGAAACAAAUGGUUCUCAAGCUAAUAAUUCAACAUUUACACAAUAUCACAAUGUGUCAAUCAAUAACGGAGAUUCAAAUGUGGCGAUGGAUGAGAUUGAUUCUCAAAACACAAAUCUUGAUGAUGGCAUGCAACAACUCGCUAGCAUGGACCCUUCACUAAUGGGACCCAUUCUUAACACCCUCACGGAAAUGGCCUGUAGCAUGAGCGGCACUAAUCACCACAAUCAUAACAACAAUAACCAUAACAUGAGUCAAGAUCAAAGCAUGCUGGCAGCUCAGAAUUUCCUGGGGGCUCUAGUGGCUGCACAACACAACAUGGUCGUUAAAAUGAGUGGAUCUCAAAACAAUGUCAAAGGCCCUACCAAUUUUAAGGACCUACGUCUGCAAACCAAACAGCAACUUGAUAUAGUGGCUAGCAGUAAUGGCGAAUAUCGCCGAGAUGAAGAAACUAGUGAUAGUAAUACAGAUCUCAGGAGUCCUUCUUUACAAUUCCCGCCCCCCAGGAGAGCUAGGAUGGACAGUGCCCGUAAUAGCUCUUCGUCUCAUAUGCAUAGCCUUGUUGAUGGAUCUGAAGAAGACAAACAACAACUUCUGUUUAAAGGGAUAGGUAUGGACGAGGAUGGUAGCAGCAAUACUAAAAAUUGUUAUUUUGAUGGAGAGGAUUCUCUUUCUCAUGCUGCACUCACGCCUCAGGGUUUAGCGCCCAUCCCUUCUUCGGCUUGGAAUGACGUGAUUUCUAAAAGUAAUUACUCAUCCAACUCGAAACCGUCUACCCCAAGAUCGCAUCACAUCCUGAAUCCCAGUGAAAGGGACGAUCAAGAUGAUGCCGACAAUAUAAUACAAGACGCUAUAACUCGCUCAAUAUCAUCAGCCAAUACCCUGAACCAUCCCUCUAAUGGAUUCAGUAAUGAAUCUCCACUUCAUUCCUUUGAGGAAAGUGCCGUAGGAAACACGAAUGAUGGUCGCGGAGAACCCUCCACUAAUGAUUUUAUUUGGAAAUGAAAAUAUGUUUUUUGUUGUAAGAAUUUAGUGCUAAAAUGUUCUAUUAUGAUAUCAUUUUUUUAUAGUUUGAAUAUUAAAAUUUAUGGUUUAUGUUAUUGUAAUAAAGUUGUAAACAAUUUAAUGAGUAUAUAUUAUUUUUAUAUAAGAAAAAAUUAUUUUUAUGUAAUUGUAUUGUACUUUUUGAAUUUAGUUUUGCUUGUAUAAAAAAUGUUUUUUUAAGUAAUAUUUAAAAUAAUUCCUAUCAUAUCAAAUUUAUAUAAUAUUCUUACCAAAAUGCUUACAAUUACUCAAUUUUUAAAUCGUUUUAAUCAAUUCUCCAUGCUUCUAAUUACACUUAAUUUUCUAAAAUUUAACUAUGUAUAUAAUUUAUUAAUUAUUGCAAAAUCAUCACUUUAAAUUAAUUUUUUCUAACAAUUGUGAAUUUUAUUUAAAAAGAAAAUAUUUUUAAUUAUAUUAUUGAAUAUCUUUAACAAGUAGUAUAUAUAUACAUGCACCAUGCUUUAAUUAGUUUAAAUUUUUCGAAUAUUUAAUGAUCUUGAUAUUUUGAUUUUGUUUAUUUUAAACAAAUCAAAUUAAACUUUUAUAUAUAUCAUCAGACAUUAAUUAUAUUAUAUAUAUAUAUAAGAGUAUAUAUUCAAUUUAGAAUAUUAAGUUUAUUACAUUUAUAUCAAAUAUUUUACGGAUUCAAGCAAGAAAAAAAUUUCACUCCCUAAUUAUUUUUCUAGGGGUACUUUUUUUAAAAAUGCUAUAUUUAAAAUUAUAAUCAUUAAAAAUAAAAUUGAUUAAAUUUUAGCAUAUUAAUUAUAAUAUACUACUACUGGUCACUUUAUAUUAUAACAAAUUUGAUUUUUUUUAUAAUCGCUAUGUAUAAUCCUAAUUGUCAUCUGACCAAGCUUUAUGGUAUUAUAAUAAACGCUAAUUAUUGAUUAUAUAUUAAAAUAUAUAAUGAUAAAAUUGAAUAUAUUUGCAUGAUUUUUUUUUUGACGUAUAUGAAAUAUUGUGGAUAAUAUAAGUUUUUAAAGAUUUUUAUUCAAAAACUUAUUAAUCAAAGAACAUAUUAAAAAUUUAUAGAUUUUGUAUUUAAAAAUUUCUUUUUCAUUAUUCAUAUUUAUGAUACAGAAUAGUUUUACUCUUACAUAUAUAUCGAUAUUGUUCAAAACAAAUAGAAGAAAUUUUAUACACUUCAAAAUUUUUUUUAGCCUUUAUAAUAUAUUAUAAUGUUAAAUUAUGUUUUAAUUUACUAUGUAAAUUUUUUUUACCGAAAUAAAUUUGGAUAUUACUUA